AUGGCAACCCCAAAAUCUCAAAAAGCAUCAGAUUUUUUCCGACAGGGAAAGAAGGACAAGCAACGCUCAGAGCAAGAUGGCGGCGGCUCCCGCUUACCCACACACACCUCGGACGCAGGAUCAGACACGAAUUCGAGGCAAGCAACUGCUGAUGACCUCUCUGUGUCGGAGAAAUGCCUGGCGGCCAUGCUGCAGGAACUACGCACCUCUAUGAAAACAGAUUUCCAGGCAGCGUUCUCCGACCUGCGCAAAGACAUUCUUGAAGUGGGGACACGAGUGAAUGCGUUAGAAGAAAAAACAAAUGAGCUCUGUCAUGUAAAUGACUCCAUAGUGGAGAAAAUACAAAAGAUGGAAGCAGAUAGCAAACGCCUUAUGGAAAAACUGGCAGACCUAGAAGACCGCUCCCGCCGCAAUAACAUCCGCGUGCGUGGAGUGCCAGAAACAGUAACGCAGGAGCUGCUGUCAGCCUACCUGAUGCGGCUUUUUCAAGCAAUCCAACCAAACCUAGAGCCGGCGGAUCUCCGCCUGGACCGGGCACAUCGAGUGCCAAAACCUCAAAACCUUGCACAUGAAGUCCCAAGGGACAUAGUGACCAGACUGCACUAUUAUAGUGCUAAGGAAGCCAUACUUUUUAUAUAUAUAUAUAUAUAUUUUUUGCCUCACCACUACAAAAUUUGGUCAGCCCCACCCUGA